GCGGGCCGGUAGCUGGCGGUCUCUUCAGGUGUGGCCAUGGAGGUCCUGGCCGAGCCGCGAUGGCCUCCGGGGUUGGCGGUGAUGAAGACAAUAGAUGACUUGCUGCGCUGUGGGAUUUGCUUUGAGUAUUUCAACAUUGCAGUGAUAAUCCCCCAGUGCUCUCACAACUAUUGUUCACUCUGUAUAAGAAAAUUUUUAUCCUAUAAAACUCAGUGCCCAACUUGUUGCGUGGCAGUAACGGAGCCAGACCUGAGAAAUAAUCGCCUCUUAGAUGAACUGGUAAAAAGCAUGAAUUUUGCACGGACUCGCCUGUUGCAGUUUGCUUUAGAGUCACCACCCAUAUCUCCUGUGUCUUCCACCUCAAAGAAGGUUGUUGUUAAAGUGCAUAAUGCUGAAGCCACCCAAUACCCUGUCAAACAGGGGAACAGGUUAAUGGAUAAGUUCCUGAUUAGAGAAACUGGUGACUGUGUAUCUGAGUUGUUGGGAAAAGAAAAUGAGAGGAAAUUCAGCCCUCAAAAAGAGCCAAGUGCCUCUGCUGAGAUUACAGAGCCAAGUCUCCUGGGAAAGCCGGUACUUGGUCUCUCGGAUGCUAAUGGUCCUGUGACACCCUCUACAUCCACUAUGAAACUGGAUACUAAAGUGUCUUGUCCUGUUUGUGGAGUCAGCAUUCCAGAAAAUCAUAUCAAUAAGCAUUUAGACAGUUGUUUAUCACGUGAAGAGAAGAAGGAGAGCCUGAGAAGUUCUGCUCACAAAAGGAAGCCGUUGCCCAAAAUUGUAUAUAACUUGCUCUCUGAUCGUGAUUUAAAGAAAAAGCUGAAACAGCAUGGCUUAUCUGUUCAAGGAAACAAACAGCAGCUUAUUAAAAGGCAUCAGGAAUUUGUGCACAUGUAUAAUGCCCAGUGCGAUGCUUUGCAUCCUAAAUCAGCUGCUGAAAUCGUCCAAGAAAUUGAAAACAUGGAGAAAACCAGGAUGCGCCUUGAAGCAAGUAAACUCAAUGAAAAUGUCAUGGUUUUUACAAAGAACCAAACAGAGAAGGAAAUAGAGGAAAUUCACAGUAAAUAUCGUAAAAAGCACCAGAAUGCAUUCCAUCUUCUGGUGGAUCAGGCCAAAAAAGGGUAUAAGAAAACUGGCAGAGUUUCAAAAGCUGCAGCAGUGAGAAUAGAUGAGCCUGCAGAGACAUUGCCGCCUGAAUGUAUGGCACAAGAAGAUAAUGUGAGCUUCUCAGAUACUGUCUCAGCAAUAAACCACUUUCCUCAGUCCAAGCUGGACUCACCAGGGCCGUCGGAGCCCGAGAGACCAGAUGAUUCUUCUAGUUGUACUGAUAUUCUUCUCUCCUCGGAAUCAGAUUCAUGCAAUAGUUCCAGUUCAGACAUCAUAAGAGAUCUUCUGGAAGAAGAGGAAGCCUGGGAAGCGGCUCACAAAAAUGAUCAAAACAGAGAAGUAAGCCCACAACAGACUCGCCGCACUAGAGCCACUGAAUGUGUUGAGAUUGAACCGAGAAACAAGCGGAAUAAGAAUUAGUAUGGCUCUGUGCCAGCUUUUCCGUACAGUGACCUGAAUAGGAUAUUUUGAUUGCCAUGUGUGGUUUCAUAUUUAACAAUAUCCAAGGAAGAUUUUUAAGUCUAAAUGUUAUAGUUAAUUUAUUUUCAUUUUUCUUUGCCUUCCCGAACAACAACAACAAAACAAACACACGCCAAAAAAAAAACAAAAAAAGAAAAGUUCUAUAAUGAUUCAUCUUGGUCAAUUGGUCCCUUCCUUUCCUUUAAGAUAUUUCUCCCCUAAAGUUACAUUCACCAGCUUUGCACAGAGUAUGCAUUCCUUAGCGGGAGUGGUUUCCUUGGUUUGACUUCUCUAUUUCAGGAUGUUUUUAAAUCAUUUUUCAGUUUUUUCCACUGGGGAACAAACCCCAGAAGCAGCUCCUUUUCAUCCUCUUGACAGUAGCAAGCCUGCCACUGAGGGUAUACAUGCUCUUGUCCUAACCACACGCCCUUGGUGGGAGUGCCUGCUGCCAGGCCACCAUCAGUUACUGCUUAGUACCCAAGUUGAAUGCAUUUGUUAGACACGCCUGUGUUUACAUAUAGAGUAGGUUUAUAAUGAGGGGGAAAAGUUUGUUUUAUGGUUUUUGAAAAGACAGGGAAGUUAGUAUUGUGCUUUAAGGGAACAGUCACAGUGACUGAAACAUAUGUAUGUUCUUCUGAAGUGGCACUUAAAAGUUACCACUCUUAGUAUUUUUCCACUGGGGUCAGGCAGAUCUCUAACACUUUGAAUCCCAGCUGUUAAACAAACAAACAAA